AAGAGAAAAAAAAUGGAGCAAAACGCUCUGUCCUCUGUCCUCGAAAAACCCUACCGCUUUCUGCUGCGCCUCUCAUCUCUUAUCCUCGCUGGAAUCUCUAUGGCAGAGAUCAGGAGGAAUACGACAUCUAAUCGACGGCCGAUUCAAGGAAAAGAAGCAAUCCAAGCAGAGAUAAUCGGAAGAUGGGGAAGGGAAGAAGGAGUUUGUGUAGAAGGCGAAGACCCAGAAGGAGAACUUUUCGCUCAAGAUUGGGAGUUUUCGGAAAAAAACGGAAAACUAUGGCAAUAUACCCAAAUCCGCCGUUGGGAUGAAAUCGCAAAAAAGAAAAGGGGGAUAAUCUCAAAUCAGGAGUCGGUUGUGGAUACGGUGAUGAGAUUGGCACCAAAAUGGGUAUAUAUUACCACAGAUCGGCGUCUCGACCCUGCAACUGAGAGCUUACAAAAUACUGAGAAAGGGAAGCUUAUACCAGAAGAGCUGGGAAUACCGAGUGAACGAGAGCCAAUGGACGUGGAUCAGAUUGUCGAAUUCGAAUUGGUUGAUGUGGAAGACAGCAUGAGAAGGGCUAAGCUUAGCCUAAUCGGGCGACUGUUUAUGGAGAACCCGCCGAGUUUGAAGACCAUCCAGAAGAUUGUCCAGGGAGAAUGGGGCUGCUCUGGUAACGUGACGGUCAUUGAAGCGGAGCUGGGUGUUCUCCAGUUCUUGUUUGAUGAUGAGCGAGACAAAGACUGGGUCCUUUAG